AUGGGCUCCGCCUUAUCCGUGGGCGGAGGCACGGACGAUGGAGGAAGUGGUGGUGCCUCCCAAGAGCCCACUCCACUCAGUUUCACGUAUCAACAACGCGACGACAGACUAGUCACCUCGUUUCCCACACAACCUACCACUCCAAGAUCCCACCCACGGUCGGCAGCAUCAACAUUACCAACCCCACCAUCGUCUGUAGAAGGCGAAAGACCCAUUCACAGUCACUGGUCAGAGCCAGUAAGCUUCGGGGCCAGUGGCAACGUUGGAUCCCACCUGCCCUCGCCGUCUCCUACUCCGUUGAGGCAGACAUACGGCCAUCAGUCAGUCUCAGCGUUCACCAACCUUGAACCCAUCCCACCUCCACAAUUCCAUCGAACCUUUCAGUCCACCCCGGAGCCGCACCAGCAAGGAUAUGCCACCCCACCACCACGAUACAGCGCCACGCGAAGGUAUGAUCUGCACCACGAUGAUCACUUCGAAGAACCCCCACCCUCGUAUACUGGCAGCACUGGACUUCUUACUCCCAAUUCGUCUCCGGCAAGACCAUCUCAGAAUGCCUCUACGAGACAAAGGAGCUCAAGGCGAAGCGAGACCCUCCUGGACGCAAGCGAGCUAACGGACCCCGCAGUCAACGCCGACAUCUACCAGGAGCUGCCCGCAUCGUCCUUGGAACCAUUCAAGGAACUGGAAUAUGACGAUGUUCCUCUCGUAGAUCUGGACCCGGUAGAAAUCCAAGUCGAUGGCCAAACGUCGCUUUCCCCUAGCUACCUCCUCCCAAACGGCCAGACGCUUAAAUGGUACCAAGCACUCGAUAGCGAGGUGCUCGUCGCGGAAACCGUGGCUCGUGCUAGGAUGAAGAUCAAGGGAGACCCUCGCUUGGUGGAUGUGGCCCAGGGUAAAAUCCUGAAUUACGAGAUGGGCGCUGGAAAGACACACACAGCCCUUACGGUAAUCGACCAGACUCUCAUUCAACUGGACGAUGUUUUCACAAAACACGGCCUCGAGUUCGAGAAGAAACCCGUUUUGAUCGUUGUGGAGAAGGGUUUGCACGAGCAAUGGAAGAGACACGCUGAAGAACUGUUUAACUUGAGAGUGAAGAUAUACGAUAAGGGAAACCAACCACUACCGUCUGGAGACUACGAUAUACUUCUCGUAAAUAUCGACUUGACCCGGAACCAACUUGGCCGAAUUCUAGACAACAAACUGAAAGAACCCAGUCAACGCCGAAACUUCAAACCUCAUCUCGCUGCACCCUUCUUCCAGACAUCGUUCCUCUACAUCAUAGUUGAUGAAUUCCACAAGUACAGCAACCCGUCGACCUUAAGCGCGUGGUCUCUCCUCAGUCUCCGAGCGGACCACUUUCUCCUCCUCAGCGGAACGCCAGCACAGAACAAGCUCGACGAUCUGCAAGUUCCCUUCGCACUCCUCCAGCAUCCCUCCAAGCGCAAGAAUUUCCGCGAAGAGCAACUGCGGAACCGCCAGAUCAACAACGCGUUGAAGAAAGCGAAGGCACCUUCUGGAAAAACUCGAACCAUUCAUCUGAAGCUGGAAGAGGUCGUACACAAGCUCAACUUCGAGUAUGACAAUACUAUUCUCGAACGCACGAUGAUCACCCGUCGGACCGAAGGCCUUCCCGUUCGCAAAAACUUCCUUGUGGAAGUACGGCUUGCAGAAACGGAAAGUGCGCUUCACGAUUACAUGGAAGAUGCGUACAGCGACUGCAUUUUCGUCCAGUUCAUCCGUACUCGACAAGCUUGUAUCCACCCAGGUGUCCUUCUUCGAGCCGGUGCGGUUCCGCCAGGUGCCCAGAUGGUCAGAGGUAGAACCGGGUACUAUCUGACUGACUCGGGGAACGACGACUGCGAAGAUGUUAGCAACGAAUUCGGAGAUCUGGACAUGGAUAUCGACGAAGAUAGCGUCCGAGACCAUCCUCCUCUCGACGAAGAGCUCGGAAAGCCUGGCGACAUCUUCAGUGACGGCUUCCUCUCGUCCAAGUUCCAAGUUGUCUUGGGCCUGUUGAGAAGGCACUACCGCAAGAAUGAGAAGACGCUCAUCUUUUCCUCGUUCGUCACCGUACUCGAUGUUCUCUCGGAAUGCCUUGACGCCCAUGGGAUUGGCCACGUUCGCUAUGACGGGUCUAUGAGCACCAAGGCGCGACAGGAAGCGCUGGACUCAAUCGUACAAGAUGACGAGUCGAUGGUGAUGCUGGUGUCCAUUAAAUCCGGAGGAACUGGCCUUAACAUCACCUCCUGCAACAAUGUUGUCAUCCUGGACCCUUGGUGGAAUCCCUACGUCGAGGAGCAAGCCAUCUCUCGGGCUCACCGUCUCGGUCAGGAGAAAGAAGUGAAUGUUUACCGUAUCACCGCUCCCAAUACCGUCGAGGAUAAGAUCUGCAAGACUCAGCACAGGAAAUUCAACAUCAUCGACCCGCUACAGGACCGGUGCGCGGCUACCACUAUUCACCAAGAUGCUCUGCGCAAGACUCGCCAGGCUACUGGGCGGUCCCGUUGA